UGGUUUUGUAAGAGUGCUUUCCCCUUUGUUUAUGUCUGCAUUUUCCAUGUGUUUUCAUUUGAUAAGAUUUGUAUUUGAAAAAGAACCAUGUAAGUGAAAAGUUUGCCGGUUUGCUUCAUCAGAAAUGGUUCACCAAGUUUUCUUGCAGUACAACACAGUGAGGGCAUGCUGUCUAUUAAGUAGAAAUUGGCUGACAUUGUCACAGUUGUGUGGGGUUGAUAAAAAGCAAUUUUGUUCAAACACCAGUGACAGCCACAGUGGACAAAAUAAUGAAAAUCUGCUCUCUUUCAAAGAAAAGAUGAUUAGAAAACAUCAUUAUCCACAAGAGGAGCAUGCCAGGCUUUUACAACAAAAGUUUCCAGAACCAAAGAAAGUUGUUGAUGACCUGUUUGCACCAUUCGAAAAUGUUGAGGAAAGUCUGAUACCAAAUAUUGAGAAGACCCACAAGUUGGGAAAUCAGAUAUGUGUAACAAAACUAAAUUUGAAAUGGCCAAAAUCAGUAAAUAUUGUUGGGAAACAUGAAAAUGAGAACACGUCCACGGAAUAUGCUUACUUGAACACCUGUGAUUUUUUAACGAAAAUUGGCUUGGUGAAGAUUCCACUGGCUAAUGAAGAACUUACAACCAAGCCAUAUGAUGCAGAUAAUGUAAUUAAAGUUUUGGAAGAACUAGCUAGUAUGCAGACGGCUAUUGCUGGCUUUGAAACAAGCAAUUUCCGUGUUCUUAAUCUACUGCAAAACGAUAAAGAGGAUGAUGACAUAUUCUGGAGCUCCAGUAUAAGG